AUGAUUAAUUUUAAUUAUGAUGGAGCUAGUGGUGAAAAUGGUGUAAAUGGAUAUCACGGGCAUUCAGGAUCCCAUGGAGAAAAUGGCAGCAGAGGUGAGAAUGGAAGUUCUGGCUCAAUUGGAUAAAAUGCUACUAAAUUAAGCUUAGAAAUGAAAUCAGAUUCUAACAAAAUAGUGAUGAUUGAAUUAAAUAAAUAAAAUAAAAUAACACUAUUAACACUUGGGGACAGUUCUAAUAUGGUUAUGCUUUCUGCUUAAGGAGGUAAGGGUGGUGAUGGAGGAGCUGGUGGUACUGGAGGUAAAGGAGGAGAUGGAAGGAAAGGUAAAAAUGCUACUAGAUAUGAAAGUGGUGAAGAUGGAGAAGAUGGAGGAGAUGGAGGGAGAGGUGGAGAUGGAGGUGACGGAGCUGAUGGAGGAGAUGGAGCUGAUAUUUUUGUAAAAUUAGAAAAAUAAGAUAUGGACUUACUAAUGAUAAUUGAAAAUGUAAAUCCAAAUGGUGGCUAAGAAGGUAAAGGAGGAGAUGGAGGAGACGGAGGACACGGAGGUUCUGGUGGCCAAGGUGGUAGUAGUCAUCAUUGGAAUGAUGGGAGAGAUCGUGGUUAUAAUCCUGGAGGAAGUCAUGGCAGAAGUGGAAGUAGAGGCUCAAAUGGAUAUCAAGGCAAGAAUGGUAACAAAGGCAGAGAUGGAAUAUAUUCAAUUAUGGUUGGCUCUUAAAUUCACAGUAGCCGAUAUGAAUUAAAUAUAAAAAAUGUUUAAAAAGUUGAGUCUGAUGAUCUUAUUAUAGAACCUGGUGAAGAACUCUAAAUUAAAAAUAUGUUAUUUGUUAAUGAAGGGGGUAUGCCUACGCCUAUUAAUUAAUAAAUUAGAUUGGAAUUAAUUAGUAAUAAAUAUUUAAAUUUUAAAAAAGAAGAUUGUGUAUAUAUAUAAAAUAGUAUCGAUUCUGGUUAAAAUUAUCAGCUUGAAAAACCUUUGAAAUUUAGUGUUAAUCCUUUUAUUAAUAUUGUAAAUGAAGACACAGUUUACAAAGUGUAAACUUAACUGAAAUAUCAGGCAACUGUAGAAAGAGUUGAGAAAUCUUUUCAUAAAGUUUCUAAUGUAGCAACAAAUUAUGAAAUUAGGUUUCCUGUAGAACUAUCUUUAAUUGAAGUACAAAAAUCUAUUCAAUUUAAAGAAGAAUCUCCAAUAGCGUUUUGCAUAUGGAAUCGCUCCUCUAAGCCCUUAGGUAUUGAAAGUUCAAAUAGAUUGUUAAACGUUAGAAUACUCUUAAACAAUAAAGAAAAUGUUGUUUAGUUUCUACCAAAAAAAGUAUUUGAUGAUGAUAAAUAGCAUAGGAACUCAAAUAAACUUGCAACUCUUGCUUAUUCUUAAAAAAAUUACAUAAAUCCAUAAUUUGAGGAUGAUAGUAAAAUAAUGCUAGACUAGGAAUUCAUCACUAAUUUAAUGCCAAAUGAAAAGAGAAUAAUUAGCGGAACCUUAAAAUUCAAUGAGAAUUUUGAUACUCCUUUUAAUACUAAAGUCCAUUUAUAGAUAAAAAUGGAUUUAGGAUAUUAUUUCAAUUAGAGUUAAUAAUACUAAAAUAUAUAGACGAGGAAUUUCUCUCUUUAGCUAUCAUAAGCUUACACUUAUAAGCCUAAUUCUGAGUUUCUAAUUAUAACAAAUCAGCAGAUAAAAAAAGAGUUAAUAGAUUCAUUUACUUCUUUUGCAUAUCAAUUUGGAUCAUCUGUUGAUAUUUGGAAUAUCAGUAAUUACUAAGGUUUUGAUUUCGAUUAUAUUGGCAAAGAAGAUAAAGCCUUGAAGGAGCUAUAUAAGGAAAAAGUAGUUGUCAUUCUUUGUAACAACUAUGAGUUAAAUGACGGAAAAUAAAUUAAUCCUGUGAAGUUAAUUUAAGAAAAAAACAUUUAUAAGGCAGCUAAAUUUUAUGAUAUACGCUAGUAUAUUUUUGGAGAUAGAAAAUUAUAUGAUGCUACUCUUAUUACUAGUUAGUGCUAAGAAGAAAUCGAUGCUAACUUAAAAAAAGUUGAAAAUGAAACUCAACUCUUUCAUAGAUUCAAAAAAGGAUUUUUCAAAAAUAUUGUAAUUUAACAAAAUUUAAAAGAGAAGGAAUUAACUGCAUUAUAAAUGCAGCAAUAAGCAUACUCAAUUGAUUUUAUUGACAGGCUAUAUUGUUGUUCUACUCCUAAUCAUUAACGUAUCUAUAAAAAAAGUGAUGAAAUCUACAAAAAAGCAGAAUUACAUAAUUCAAGAUUUAAUCAUAAAGUAGUUUACACUCAUGAAGUUGAGUAUAUAGAAAAGUCAAUAUUUUCUAAAGUUUGUAAAUUAGGCAAUAUAUAAGUAAUAGAAUAGCUAAGAAAAGACUAGUGCAGCAUAAUCGAACGCUAAUGUAUUGCAGAAGAAAAACAAAGCUUAGACGAAAUUGAUUACUUUUCUCUUAUAAAAUUGAUUUCAUUUGAAAAAAAACUUUUGUUUCUAUCAAGAUGUUUGAAUAAAGUAGAAAAUUCAAAAUUAGUAAUAGACUGUAUUCUCUCUGAUUUGGCUGAUGAAUAUAUAGCAUACAUUCAUUCAGGGAUUAAUAAAACAGAUAUUCCCUAUUAUAUGAACAAAUGGAAUCAAUUCAUGUAGUAUUCUUUCUAGGAAUACUUUUUGAAAAAGAACUAGUUUCAUCUCCAAAUAGAAUAGUAAAGUUUGAACAAUGUAAGAAUUUAAGAUGACUUCAAUGUAAAAAAUAAAAUCAAGGAAUAUUUAUACACUUAAAUGUAUAAGAUUUGGUAUGCAAUUGCUUUACAAAAAAAAGGUUGUUGCUCAGCUAAUGUUUCUGAAAUAAUUAAUUAUUGCAAGCAUGUUCUUGAAUCAGUAAUUGGCAAGAUAUUCACAGAUAAAAAUGAAUAUUUGUAAUAUUAAUAAAUAUCACAAUAACAAAUAAAGCAGGCUUUACCAAAUUUAUAUGAAAUUUAAAAGUGCUAUUAAAAAGAUGUAUUUGUGGAAAGGUAAACAAAAAAUGCUAAAUUCUAUGAAAGUUUUAUACAAUUUAACGAACAGAGACUAAUCAAAUAAGUAAAUUAAAAUUAAGAUUAAAAUACAAUUCCAAAUAGAAUCUAAGAGGGAUCUUUUUAUUUUAUUGAUGAUACCACACAAACAACAGAUUAGUUUAAAAGGUAAUAAAAAAUAGAACAACUUGAAAAACAGAUUUAAUUUCAAUGA